AUGACGGCUACGGAACAGAAACCGUAUUUCAAUUUGCUCGAAGAGAAGCCCAAAGUGAGUCAUGCUGGGUGUAAUAACAGGCGUAUUUAUUUGAGUUUAAACAUUGCUUUAGGUUGUAUUGUAGAUAGCUGAGUACUUGAUCUUGAGAUUGACUGCUUUUGAUGGAAUUUACAAUUAAUUCUUAGGUUUAAAAACUCUUGUAAUAAUUUUUUAAUAAAUAUCUUUGCAAAUAUUGAAAGAAUGACUCAUAAAAACAAGCUAUUAAUAAGUAAUAGAGACAACAUUGUUUUGCAAAGAGUAAUAUUGCCUCAAGGUAUUAGUAAUGAACAUGAAAAUUUAUAAAAUUAUGUUCAAAGUUUCAGCAACAAGUUUAUAUUGUUUUAGCUGGUGUUAUCGCACGACCUUGGAGCGGGAGCUAAUUGUUUGAAGUGUGAUUGUCCUGGACUAGAUUUACAUUUUUGGAGGUAACUUGUUGUAUCUUCCACUAUUAAAGCCCUGUGAACUUUGAAUCUCAUUAAAAACGAACGUUGUAAACCCUCAAAGUGCAAUAUAAUUGUUUAUUGCUUGUUUAUGACCCUUUCCUGUAAAAACAUUGGUUUUUUACAGAAAACGUUGUAAAAUCUGUACAUGUCGAGCAGACGACCAUGACAUUAAACUACCAUCCGACCAUGAUUACUGUAACCUCAUCAAACAAAACAUAAACCCAGGCAAAAUUCAAAUUGAAGAAGAGAAAUUCAACUCGGUUAAUGGCAGAGUAAAGGAAGGGAAGGGCAAAGUGGAUUGUAAAUUAGAUUCUACCAUCGAGGAGAAGAUACGACUACUGAAGGAGAAGUUGGAGUGGUUACCAUCAGAAGACGUGGCUAUCACAGAAAAGUAUCUGAGUGCUUUGGAUGAGAAAGAUCGACCGGUAAAAGGAACAGAAGGAGGUCAGAAGAGACGGCAGAGACUGCAAUAUCAGGUAAAGAUUCUAUUCAAGUAUAGCCUAGUACUUUACUAGCGGAGUUAGUAAGAAAGUUAGAUUUCAAGAAAAUGUGUUAUAAAAUGUCACAUAACAUUCUUAUCACCUGAGUAUUUUAGCUGCCAGUAUACGAUUGUUUCCCAGACAGUGCCGUCUCCGUAGAAACUCCAGAAGUCCGCAAUGAGUUGGCCAAGUUUGUCAAAAAGGCACAAGAUGUAAGUUUACCGCGUUGUGAUAACCUAGAUAGUUUACAGAAGCUGUCACAAUACUAUAAAGUGGUAACUGAUAAUAUUAUAAUAAUCGCUUUGACUUUAGAAUGUGGCUAUGGGUCAAGUGGUACACUCAGAUACAGUAAACUUGCAACAAAAAGGAUACUGUGGUCAGAUCACUACUACUCCUCAUGGCAAAGUAACCACUUGUUAUCACUGUAACCAAUUCGUACAACCCGACUCGGUUGGUGUUCUACCAUCUAACAAAAGCGCUAAGGUUACUGUAAGUUUGUUUUUCAAAACUUCACCUUAUGGCUUAAAAAAACUAAAAUAGUAAGGUCACAGAAGUCGCUAUAAAUUAAUAUAAAGUUACGAAGAUAGUGAUAUACAGUAAUGUCAUAAAAUUUAACCCAACUACUGUAACUUGCAGGAUAUCUGGCAUCCAGGAUGCUUCAAAUGUGAAGAUUGUAACGAUUUGUUGGCUGAUUUGCUAUACUUCCACAAAGAUGGCAAGUAUUUAUGUGGACGGCAUUACUGCGAGAAAACAUACGAUCGAUGUGCCGGAUGUGAUGAGGCAAGUACUAUACACAACCUAUGAAUAUUGAGUAUGAUUGCUGUUACUAGUACAAUAUAGCAAUGAUAAUAUUUAAAAUUUAGUUGAUCCUGGACAAACAGUACACCCGUGCCGAGGAACGAUCAUGGCACGUUAAGCACUUCAGUUGUUUCGGCUGUGAUAAAAGCUUUAUCAAUGAAGACUAUGUGAACAAAGACGACAUGUUCUACUGUUUACAGUGUUAUUUGGUCAAGUUUGCCAAAGUAAAUUUGUAUUUUAUGGCAGAAAAUUAGCAUAUUUGUUGAUUUCAAGUCUUAUAUUUUUACAUACUUAUUUGUAAUACUGUUUAUGUUGUAGUAAAAAUCUGUGUUGACCUCUACCUAAUAUGUCAUGCUUUUAGACCUGUUUUGGAUGUGGCCACAAGAUAGCAGCGACAGAGACCUUCAUCGUACACAAAGACUUCUAUUGGCACAAAAGUCCAAAAUGCUUCAGGUAAACAACUGUUUUACUACAGGAUUCUAGGAAAAUUGUACCAUAAUGCCUUACAAUAAUAUACAAAUUAGAGUGUAACCUUAUCACUUAUUCCCUACCUCAAACGUAAACAUAACGCAGCUAAUAUUAAUCAUGAUUUCAAAUAUUUUCAUAAACAUUAACUGCCUUUCGAAGAAUUUAAAUUCCCAUGAUUGAAUUCGCGCCAUGUGUUUAACGAGCCAUAUUGCAGAUGUCGGAAGUGCGCGAAAUACCUGGAGACCAGAUUCCUGUUCAAGAACAACAACAUCUACUGCUCGGAUGUGUGUAAACGAGAGUUCGAAAGCAUCCUCUAA